AUGCCCCCGGACAUUUGUGCCUCAGCCGUCGUCCUCGUCAUCGCUGUCGCCUCGACGGCAACGGCCUUCAGCGGGUGGCACGAAGGAGGGAGGCCGGGGCGGCCAGUCGUCCGGCGUGGAAUCUGCGACGGAGGCGAGGUCCAGGGCGCGGGAGCCCGAAGACCAAGGCCGGCGUGGGAGCACAUCUACAGCGAGUGCCCGAGCUGGCCCGCCGCCGGAGUUGAGCUCCACGGCGGAGGAGAGGCCCAGGGCGUCGGAGCCCGGAGACCAAGGCCGGCGCAGGAGCGCGUCUAUAGCGAGUGCCCAAGCCGGCCCGCCGCUGGAGACAGGGUCCACGGCGGAGGCGACGCUCAGGGCGCCGGAGCCCGGAGACGAAGGCCGGCGCAGGAGCGCGUCUACAGCGAGUGCCCAAGCCGGCCCGCUGCCGGAGACGGGCUCCAGGGCAGCCCCUCAGAGCCCCUCGCCGAAGAGGGCCCGGAGUUCAAGAUCCCAGAAUCACGAUGGCAAUUCCGCGGACCAAUGUCAGCGCCGCCCAAGGGCCCAAGGGCGGCUCCUGCCCCUGAGCCGAACGUGCCUGAGCUGAGUGCGCCAGCCGAGCCUGAGCCGCAGAGCGCGUCGGCCGAGCCAGAGCCGCAGAGGGGGCGUUUGGCAGAGGUCGGCCAGCUUCUAGAGGCCUGCAUCACCUCAGCCCGCGCGAACCAUGAGAGGGAGAAGCGCGCGGUGGCCGAGGAGCGGGAGGCGCUGGAGGAGAUACGUGAAGAAGCCGUCGCCGCACAGGAAGAAGCCACCCGCUUGGGGGAAAUAUCGUGGUGGUGGGCCGCGGAGCUGCUCGCCAGGGAGCGGCUGGUGCGUGCUCGGGAGGACGCCAUCCUGCCGCAUGAGAAGGCAGUGGAGGCCUCCCAGGCUGACUUAGCCCUUCGGAACGACGAACUCGAGCGGAGUCACGCCGAAGUCCACCGUCGAGAGGAGGAGGUCGUGAUCCGUAAGACCGACGUCGAUAUCACGGCGGCGGCUCAGGACGCCCGGGAGGAGCAACUUACCCGCCGUGAAGUAGAGGCCGCCUCGGCGUCAGCGGCUUUAACUGCUCGGGAGGAGCAGGCCGCCAAGUGGGAGGCGGAGCUAACUGCCCGGGAGCAGGCCCUCGCUACCCUCGCCGAGUAG